AGGAACAAUAAUGUCACCAUCAGAUGAUCAUGUGCUGGUGCUUCCUGUGCACGGCGGGCGACAUUUCUCAGCGCUUUCUCCAAUACCUGUGAGUGGCUUACCCUGAACGUUAUACACACUGUGCUUCGAUAGGCAUCUCCAAGAAGGCGCCGAGGCAUAAAAACAGAGGUCAUUCAGAUGUUGUGUGCAACACACUUCCCAGACCCAAUCCACUACCAUGAACGGAUUUCUCAAUAAACGCAGACAAACCACAUCGUCAGGCGAUACGUCUCCUGAUAUUACAUCUCUCCCUUCACUGUCUGGUUCUGUCAGCCCUCCAGAUACGGGGGUUGACAUAUCAUCCACUGACUAUGCCCAGAGGCGUAGAGAGCUCAUGAAAAUGAUGGCUGACCUCAAAUCUAUGGGUGCUGAGGCGCUCAUCGACUUACCAUCCGUAGUCGUCAUCGGUGGACAAUCAGCGGGAAAAAGCUCACUCGUCGAAGCCGUCAGUGGGAUCAAUGUCCCGAGGGACAGCGGGACAUGUACAAGAUGCCCCAUGGAAUGUACAAUGUCUAGUCACGCCACGUCGUGGUCUUGCUCUAUAACUCUACGGAUGAGCUUCGAUAGUAACGGUCAAGAUAUGCCAAAGACUAAUACGGUGCCCUUUGGCCAAAAAACGAUUACCGACAGAAAUGAAGUUGAGGUUUGGCUGCGUCGUGCCCAGUCAGCCAUUCUCAACCCGAAUGUCUCUGCUUCGAGUUUCCACACGAAGACCAUCGAGGAACUCAGGAGCGCAAAGAAUAUGCUAAAGUUCUCCCGAAACGUGGUAUGCGUCUCCAUUGAAGACCCCGAUGCGACAGACCUGUCCUUCUACGAUCUACCGGGUUUAAUUCAAAAUGAAGAAGCCGAGACCGUUGCCCUCGUGAAAGGUUUGGUGGAACAUUACACCCAGAAAAAGAACACCAUCAUAUUGACUACCAUUCCCAUGAGUGAUGACAUGGAAAAUCAACAAUCCAUGAGCCUUGCCAGGGCCGCAGACCCUGACGGAAAGCGAACAAUUGGUGUCCUUACUAAACCUGACACGCUCGGUUUCGGUGCUAUCAACCAGCGCAGAAGAUGGGUAGAAAUCAUCGAGGGCCGUUCGGAGGAUCACAAAUUGAGGCACGGCUUUUACUGUGUGCGUCUUCCUGACGAUGCCGAACGCUCGCAACGCCUGUCUCGUGCUGAAUUGCAAAGGCGUGCUGCUGAAUAUUUCGAUACAACAUCUCCCUGGAAUGGUGUGACCGACCGUCAUCGGUUCGGAAUUCCAGGAUUUGUCUCCGAUGUCAGCCGACUGCUCAUCCAGCUGAUCGAGGAAGCUUUACCACGCCUCAGAGAAGAUAUCGACAAGCUCCUUGCCCAAUGUAACAAGGAAUUCGAUGCAUUACCCCCGCCACUUGCAAAUGACCCACAGAUCGAGGUUUUGGGACGUGUUAAUGCAUUCUGCGACGUCUUCAAGAGUUAUGUGAACGGCAGUCACGAAGACAAGCGUCUUGCGCAGCGGAAUCGUGCUCUCUAUGCUAUCUUUAAGAGGGAUAUACGUGGCACUGCUCCCGACUUUAGGCCUUUCGAAAAGCCGGAAGAUUAUGUUCCACUGGAUGAUACCGAGGGGAAGAUGACUCUUACUGAACGAGAUCCUGGAGUGAAAACGAUGGGUAUAUAUGAGAUCAGCAAAGUCAUCCAUGAGGCAAUUGGAUGGGAGCUUCCGAACAACGUACCAUAUCAGGCAAAAGCAAACCUCAUCGCUCAAUUCAUCAAACUAUGGGUUGCUCCGUCUGAGCGCUGUCUCGCCGGCGUCAAUGAUGUGCUCGAUCAAGUCAUUGACACACUCAUUGGCAUCCAUUUUGGACGCUUCAAAGUUCUCGAGGGUUAUGUUGGCGAUUUGAUUAGGACUCAGGUUGAUACCUGCAAGGCGCUCGCCAAAGAAGCUGUCAAAAAAGCUUUGGAUUUGGAAAAUACUCCAUACUAUACUCAGAACACGCAUUAUCUUCAAACACUCGGGGAAAAAUGGCUGGCCUACUAUAAGGCGGCUCGGAAUCAACCUCAUAAAUACAAAGUUGAUCACAAGCCAUAUGAGGUUUGUAACGUGGCCUAUGCCCAGGAAGAGGAAUGUGAAUAUUAUCACCCCCACAUGGCGUCGGAGCUUCCCCAGUUCGAAGUUUUGAGAGCUGUUGCGGAAAGGUCGGAGACUCCCCAGGACAAAGCUUUGAGAGCUCUUGCGGAGGCGGGGUAUACAAAUCUUAGCGUAUCAGAUCUUGCACGUCUGUUACCUCCUGACUCGCGCGAGAAAGAGUUAAUUGUGAUGGCUGAUGUUCGAGCUUACUAUCACGUUGCCUACAAGCGCAUUAUUGACAAUAUUCCUCUGACGAUCGAGCAUGCCCUCCACCAUGCCCUGGCGGAACAACUGUCGCAGAGCCUUUUCACGAGCUUGCUCACCGAUGUUGCAUCUGGGCAUAAUUUCUCUGAGCGUAUGAACGAGUUGGUCAGCGAAGACCCUUCUGUUGCUCAGAAACGAGCAUCACUCUCGACAAGAAAACAACGCCUAUCAGACAUUCGCCGGAGACUCAUGACUUUCGGCAACAAUAUUUGAUUGCUGCGAGGGGGUUACUCGUCUGUUAGACUUCCGUUUCAGGUAGCAAUGUCCCAGUACUAAAGAACACUGCUUUGUUCACGAGCAUGUAAUA